CCGACUUCUGUGAUGUCGUCGAAUAUAUUGCCAGGUAUAACGGGUACCACGAUGUCACUGGGUAUCGCACUCUGCGUCGCGGUCGCGUCUGUGUGGUUCUCCCUGUACGGGCCAGGCGCAUCCGCCCAGACCAAUGCACCGACGAGCCUCCCGCCCCAGGCGGUGUUCGUCGAUCCCGUAUCUGUCGCGGUGCUAGGAGAGAGCGGACCCUUCCGCAACUCUUCCUUCACUCAGUUCUUCAAUCCCACCAAUACCUCGCCACCUUUCUUCCAAGUCUUUCAUCCGGACUUCGUCACAAAAGUCUUGGGCACUUCGGCUUCGAUACGACAAAUCGCAUCAAACUCAGGCUUCGCAUUUGCACAUGAGGCGCCAAUCUUUUUGCCUGAGACGGACGAGGUCACCUUUGCUAGCAACGAUGGAGGACUACUAGGUUUCAGCGACCUAAACCACAAUAAUAGGGUUUCGAAGAUCAAUUUAGGUGAAGUAGCGCGCGCUGCAAACGCGUCAGGAAGCAAGACUAGUCCAUUGAACGUCACCGUGACUGCCCUUUCCUUGCCAUCGCCCAUUCAGAUGACGAACGGCGGCACGGGACCAUUUCAUGGCCAACUCAUCCUGGUUAAUAGUGGACGAGGCCAGCUUCCGCCGAACAUCGCCCUUGUCAAUCCCGCCUCUCCCAACAAUGCUACGGUCAUCUUGGACAACUACUUCGGUCGUCAGUUUAACUCGCUGAACGACGUGAAGAUCCACAGACAGACAGGCAUGAUUUUCUUCACGGACACGAUCUACGGAUUCCUCAACCAAUUCCGCCCGGAGCCCCUUAUACCCGGCCAAGUCUAUCGACUUGACCCCACCACACGCCGCGUUAAGGUUGUCGCAGACGGAUUCGACAAGCCGAAUGGCAUCGCAUUCUCAGAAGAUGGCAAGACAGCUUUCAUUACAGAUACGGGGUCAUCAGGAGGAUUCCUGGGUAACAACCAGACUGAACCAGCCACAAUCUACGCAUUUGACGUGGACCCGAAAACUCAGGCGUUCGCUAACCGCCGUGUGUUCGCAUACGUCGAUACCGGCAUCGCCGACGGCAUACAGCUGGAUACGCAGGGUAACGUCUAUUCUGGCACCGGAGACGGGGCACAGGUCUGGGACUCGACCGGUACCCUGCUGGGAAAGUUCUUCCUGGGCACGGUGUCGUCAAACUUGAUUUUUGCGGGCAAGGGACAGCUGGUUAUUCUUGCUGAGACAGCCAUAUAUCUCGCGGAGAUCAAAGCGAGCGGGUUCGACCUGGCAUUCCCCCAGUGAUGAUGCACGCCCUCAGUUGUGAAAAAUUUCUGUGUCCUGAAGUGUAUACUCACCAAAUGAAGUGGGUUGAAUGAAUAUGAAGCUUACAUCAUU